AUGGAGGAGGUGGAGAAGGAGGAGGUACAGGAGGAAGAGGUACAGGAGGAAGAGGUACAGGAGGAAGAGGUACAGAAGGAGGAGGUACAGGAGGAAGAGGUACAAGAGGAAGAGGUACAGGAGGAAGAGGUACAAGAGGAAGAGGUACAAGAGGAAGAGGUACAGGAGGAAGGGGUACAGAAGGAGGAGGUGGAGAAGAAAGAGGUGCGGGACCUGCCCUCGCCCACCCUCCUGAAAGCUGUUGUGGAAUUGACGGGUGAUUGUGGGGCAAGGUGCGGGACCUGCCCUCGCCCACCCUCCUGGCCAGUUGGUCGAUUCUGUCAAAAUGCCAGACCACCAGACCUUUGUGUUGUCGAGGGUGGAGUAGCCUGUGGAGGCUCGAAGUCAUUGGUCGACAACAUGCAGUUCUGCGAAGAGAUGAACUCCCUCCAUGAUGAAGGAAUUCAUGUAGUCAUGAGUCCAGGCGAUGAGUCACAAUAA